UGCUUCGCAAAGGCUAAAGGGAGGGUAGGAAGAGGAAGGUACGUGAUCAAACAGGUCACUGUCAGAGUUGUGGCUGGAUGAAAUAAAGACCAGACGGAGGAAUGGAUGGUUUUGGGACUUUUGGUGCGUGCGGAGAGUGAGGAAGGGGCAUGUGGGAGCCGUCGAGGUGGAUGGAUGAAGCAAAUACUGCGUAGAUGCGGAGAAGGUCCUGCUGGUUGGGAUGUAUGUGCGAUGGCACGUUCCAGCGCAUCAGAUGCGAGGUAUCGCGAUGUAGUUUCACAACCACAGCUGCUGCUUGCUCGGAGAGAAAUGUCCUUUACGCGUAAGGUGAAUUCACUACGACGUUGGACGCGAAGGAGAAUGCGACGAUGCGGGGAUGAAGAAGGGGCUUUGAUUUGGCUGGGCGAAUGUCGCAACCGAGGAGACCUACCUCCUCCCCGGGUGGAAAAUGGAAGAAAAGAAGACGCGUAUUUGAGGAUUGACAGGGUAGGGAUGUUGACGGGCAGCGGAGAUCAGCGCAGCAAGGCAGAAUAUGAAAUUCUGUUCGAGGGGUUGCGUUGCGCUGCACGGCGCGAGCAGCCAAGAAAGUAUAUGCAUGGAACUCGAAUAGAGUAUGCAACCCGUCACCGUGGCUUUCCUCUUGGCUUUCUUUCCAUGACCUUGGGGACUAGAGGGGGGAGGGAAAGAAAAGUGAAUUCAAAAUAAGUUUGAGGCCAAAGGGGGGGAAGAACUGCUCCGGAAAGGUUGCGUACACAGUACUUACGUAGUAGGGCCUCGAUGGUCGUCAAACAGGGUUUUGCAAGGAG